CUAUCUAUAAUAACGGAUAAUUACAGUCAGAUUAGAUUUGCAACGUGUGCAGCAUUUCUCCUCUUAUCAUCUCAAACAUCCUUAUUUGUCAUUGACCCAUGUAUGGAGAGUUGCAACACAGAUAAUCGCAUUUUCGAGCUUGCUGAUUGUGUUUGUCACAGCAAAAGACCUUCACAUGACUCGAAUCUAUUGCUCUUACAGGUCUGAUCUUCAUUCACCUCUGAAAACUGUCUCCAUCUAGCGGCUUCCCCCAUUUUAUAUCUGUCAGUGCUGAAUGUGUGAAUCAAUAACCUGAGACGUAAAAACAUCCGCAAUGCUUUCACUCCCAGUCUCUCAGCUCGCAAUUCAGCGCUUCACUGAAUUCCUGUUAAACUCUGCUUAAACAUAAAUCUGUUUAAUGAUGUCUUUACACAAUGCGUUAUACGGGGGUGUUUGUUUUUCUAUUCAUGACAGAAAUAAAUGCUUCAAAUAAACAUUGAAACGUAACACUUCUCAUGGUACAUUAUACACCAUUCACACAGACCGUGUUACAUUCAUAUGUGUUAACCGAUGCCCGUAGCACGUGACACGCCUCCAAUGCGCCGUGAGCAGAAGCAACUUGGGCUCCACCGCAGACUCACAGAUCUCCGUCGGUAGCGGAUGAAGCAACUUCCAGCAAAUCAUUUGUUGCAGGUUCAGUUUUUGUUCUGGUUACAGACAGACCCUGCCAAAUUGUUCACGGGACGCUGGAUUACAUUUCAAGGAAGCGGAUAGGAAAGUGGCAUUUGCUUUUUUUGAAACACCGAACGCGCACUCGCCAGGGUGGUCUUCUCUCCCUAUGAAAGGACCACUGUGGCAGGUUUUCUCUAUAAGCGGUAGUGUGAAGCACAUAUCAGCUGUGACUGGCUAAAAGGAUGUCCUUGGACAACGCGAAUCCUCUACCUGACUUGUAAACUUGUUGCAUUUGCUCCAGAACACCUCCGAGAGCGCAUUUUGGAUACUUAUUUGCGCGUAACGACGGAACAGCGAUACAAAGUGGACUAUAACUGAUGAACUGUGUGUAAAAAGCUGCACUUUUGCAUCAAAAUCCAUUUAUGAGGAGAUGUCCUUUCUGCGCGUGGCGGAUCAGUGAGCGCAAAAUCUGCUUCAGUCGCACCGGUUCGCGCACAUUGGGUCAGGAUGGCAGCCGGAGUCGCCGCGUGGCUACCGUUCGCGCGCGCCGCAGCUAUAGGAUGGAUGCCCGUGGCGAGCGCCCCGAUGCCGCCGCCUCCGCGGGACAAGAAGCGUGGUCAGGACGGGUUGAUCAUCUUGAACGUCAGCGGCACUAGGUUUCAAACUUGGCGGAAUACUUUGGAGAGGUACCCUGACACCUUACUGGGGAGCACAGAGCGCGACUUUUUCUUCCACGAGGAGACCAACGAGUACUUUUUCGACCGCGACCCGGACAUCUUCAGGCACAUUCUCAACUUCUACCGCACCGGGAAGCUGCACUACCCUCGCCACGAGUGCAUCUCCGCCUAUGACGAGGAGCUGGCCUUCUUCGGCAUCAUUCCAGAGAUAAUAGGUGACUGCUGUUAUGAGGAAUACAAAGAUCGCAGAAGGGAGAACGCGGAGAGAAUUCAAGACGAUGAGGAGAACGACAACAACAACGACUUGGUCAUGCCGGAUUUGUCGUUCCGCGAGUCCAUGUGGCGCGCGUUCGAGAACCCGCACACCAGCACCAUGGCGCUGGUCUUCUAUUACGUCACGGGCUUUUUCAUCGCCGUCUCCGUUAUGGCCAACGUGGUGGAGACGGUCCCGUGCGGCAUCUCGCUAAACCGCGCGAAGGAGCUCUCGUGCGGGGAGCGCUACGCCCUCGCGUUCUUCUGUUUGGAUACGGCCUGCGUCAUGAUCUUUACCGUCGAGUACCUGCUGCGUCUGAUCGCCGCACCCAGCAGGUACAAGUUCGUCAAAAGCGUCAUGAGCAUCAUCGACGUGGUGGCAAUCAUGCCUUACUACAUCGGCCUGGUCAUGACGGACAACGAGGACGUGAGCGGGGCCUUCGUCACCCUCAGGGUCUUCAGGGUCUUUCGGAUUUUCAAAUUUUCGCGGCACUCCGCGGGGCUGCGCAUCCUGGGCUACACGCUGAAGAGCUGCGCGUCCGAGCUGGGCUUCCUGCUCUUCUCGCUCACCAUGGCCAUCAUCAUCUUCGCCACCGUCAUGUUCUACGCAGAGAAAGGCUCCUCUGCCAGCAAGUUCACCAGCAUCCCGGCGGCUUUCUGGUACACCAUCGUCACCAUGACAACGCUGGGAUAUGGAGACAUGGUUCCUAAGACCAUCAUGGGGAAGAUCUUUGGCUCUAUUUGCUCUCUGAGUGGCGUGUUGGUGAUCGCUCUUCCCGUUCCUGUCAUCGUGUCCAACUUCAGCCGGAUCUACCAUCAAAGUCAGCGUGCAGAGAAGAGACGUGCCCAAAAGAAAACCAGGCUUGCUAGAAUUCGUGCGGCGAAGAGCGGCGGCGCUAACGCUUAUUUGCAGUACAAACGCAAUGGGAUGCUGGUGGACAUGGAGGAGGAGGCAUCCAAAGAGGCGGGACAAGCUUUGGUAUGUAAGGCCAACCCCACAUUUGAAACCCAACAUCACCAUCUCCUGCACUGCUUGGAGAAAACCACGAAUCAUGAGUUUGUGGACGAGCAAACCUAUGAGACGAGCUGCAUGGAGGUUUCUCUUGCGAAGCCAUCUAUGUCCCGUUCCUCAUCGAUGUCCUCCUCUCCUCAUGGCCUGUCCUCCUGCUGCACGCGCAGAAAUAAGCGCAAGAGCUUCAACGUCCCCAAUUCCAACAUGGCCGGCGGCCGCAGGGGCAGCAUACAGGAGCUCAGCACCAUCCAGAUCAGAGAGAGACCGCUGAGCAACAGCCGCUCCAGUCUCAAUGCCAAGUUUGAGGAGACGGUACCGCUGAAUUCAGAAGAGCCGUCCUACAUCACUGCGGCGGUCAUCAGCAUGCCGACUCCACCGGUUACUACACCCGAGGGUGUAGACUUGGCCAGCUCGCACGACUUCUUGCAGAGCAACAUUGUCAGGGUGUCGGCGUUAUAGACCGUCCAUUAGCCGUUUGAGUAUAUGAGUAAACACUGGAUCGACGGAUCGCCCCCUAGUGUAGUGGAGGAGGCAUUGCAGCAGGAUGGGCCUCAGCUGGACCUGUUUUUUUUUUAUUUGUUUGUUUGUUUUUUGAAUCAGCUCCCAUCCAGAGCUCUCCGUCAGCUCCACCUCCAGGUCAUGUGACUCCCACCGGGGUUCAAUAGGCUUAACCCAUAGAGAAAAACAAUGCCCAUUGUGGUUGUUUCAUUUUUUCAGUAUUGUGUGUCGCUGAAUUUGUCGUCUUCGAUUUUGAUGGGAUCGCGUGAUAUAUUUAAGGAGUGUACCAGCAGGGGCGGGAUUUUACAAGCUUUUAGACAGCUCCACACACACUUUUGAUACUACAAAGUAAAGCUGGGCUCUACUAAGGUGUGUGUUUGAAUGCGCGCGUGCGUGUAUGAGUGUAUACAAUUAAAAAUGAUCUCUUGCAUGU